AUGGACACAUGUCGGAUAUGUUUGGAUGCAUGUGCGCCAGUGGAGGAGGGAAACGAUCUUUUCUAUCCAUGCCGUUGCCAAGCUCCAGUGCAUCCAAGAUGCCUGGAUGCGUGGAGAACAGCGGGAAUGAACCCGGCCAACUUGACACGAUGCGAAGUUUGCCAAUAUCACUAUCGGCUUGACACAGGCACAAAACCCUGGCAAAUUCAUUUUGUAUUCUAUUUCAUAGCUGUUUUUCAGAUCAUCUUCUUCUUUUUGAUUGCUCUGGGCCUGGGACAGCUCGUCCGAGUGACCAACAUCAUUGAAGUCGUGGACUGGGGAAGGCUUAGCUUUAUGAAGCCCGACACUUCUCGUGGCUGGUUUUUCCUGGGAGUGUGCUUCAAUUGCUUCAUUAUUGGUUCAGCGGCGACGCUGUAUCUCCUCUACCUUUGGGUGACUGGAAGGCUUCGCAGAGCUGCAGAGGAUACCAGAGCAAGGCGUAGCAUCACAUCAGAGUGGUGGACGACGGCGCGACAAAGUCGACACAGGAGCAGAGAUUGUCUCAGAGAUUGCUGUCAUGGGUCAGAUGACUCUUGCUUGCUGUACUGCUAUUUGGUGAGCCCUGACUGCUAUUGCUAUGGGUGUGAGGCUUGCUGCGGGUCAUGUGAUGCCCAGUGCACAGAAUGCUGCCAGUGCUGUUUUGACUGCAAUGGUUGCGCAGAAAUGCCCACCUGUGAUAUGUGUGGUGAUUGCGGGGAGAAUCCAUGCCUGAUAGCCCUUCUGGGUCUCGUUAUGAUCCUUGCGGUCGUGUUGCUUUUCAUUGGCAUGUUCGUGAUGUUCUGGACCAUCAUCAUCAACCUGCUCUAUGGAAUUUGGCUCAACCAGAACUAUCUGCGAGAGAUUGUGGCGGGCAGGUACAAAGUGCUGGAGUAUAAUCCCCAGUACGACACAGAGCCUGUCCAAUCGGUCGAGGAGCCUUCCAGUAAGACUCCGAACGUCAACAAUGACAAGACUGACAAGAUGCCAGUGGAAGUUCCUCCACAGCAGGCCGCAAUGCAACCCAGCGCUGCUAGCGAUGCGGAUGCAGCUACGGCGACUACAAUCGGCAAAGGAAUGCGCACCUCCAGUGCUGAGUUCGUUGAGCUCGAAGAAAAUUUUGAAGGUGGCACUCUGGUCAGUGUUGACCUGACUGGGGAGGCCCCGGAAACACGGCGUUCAAGCUGGAACACCAAUGCGCUAUGA